AUGGGUAAGAAGAGGUAUUUGUUUGAUGAGUCUUCUAGUCGAUUACAGCUCGAAUUCAAUAAGCGAAAACCCAGAGAUAGAAGAAUCCUCAAAACACGUUCCAAAAUCGAAUCGAAGAAAUCAACGAUAGAGGAGCAUCAUGUGGCUCAAGGUUUAAGUAUUGUUGGAUACUUUCAUGCAAACGAGAGGUUUGAUGAUGUUGAGCUCUGUGGUGUGGCUAAAAACAUUGGUGAUCUCAUUUCUCGCUAUUUCCCUCAGGCACCAAUUCUCUUGGUAAUUAAAUGUCUUAUCUUUUACUGUUAUUUAUUGUGAUAAAUGCUUCUUGGUUGAUAUAAUUGGAAGUGUCAUAGUUAGAUAAACGUCAAAUGCUUUUGUAGGUAAACGUCAAAUGCUAGUUCUUAUAGCAUUUAAAACUGUAAAACUGUGAUGAUUGCUUGCUAGUUCUUCUUCUUUUUAUAUCAUAUAUGUUUAAAAUUUAUAAUUCAUAA